AUGGAUGCUUACUCGAUGUCUGUUGCUAGUGCUUCCCAUAUAAGCACCUCGAGGAUAUACCAGGAUCUGAAGUCAUCCAGGCUGCACACAGUCUCGAGUUUCAGCUUCGACAAGUUGUCAAGUCGAUUUGGCAUCAAAAACACAUCUUUGAAGUCUGGCACAAUGGACCCCACGAAGAAACCACACAUUGGAAUAGUGGGAGCAGGCAUAGCGGGUCUUCGAAGCGCCGGCUAUCUCCUCGAGCUCGGAUUCCAAGUCACCAUUCUAGAGGCAAGAGACCGUCUCGGCGGCAGGAUAUACCAGGAGAAGUUACCUAACGGGCAUUUCGUGGACAUGGGAGCGAACUGGAUCCACGGAACAAAAGAAAACUCCAUCUUCCAGCUCGCUAAAGAGACAGGCACCAUCACGACCAACUGGGACGGCGAUGCAGCAGUGUUUGAUGAGCACGGGCAUAUGCUUCCUGCGAAGGAUGGCGAGAGGUUUUCCACGAUAAUGUGGAACAUCAUUGCGGAGGCGUUCCAGUACUCGGACAAGCACAGCGCUGAGAUCGAUGCCAGCAGGUCACUUUUGGAUUUCUUCAAGGAAAAGGUGAUAGGGCAGAUUCCGGAGACAGAACCGGACUAUGCAAGGAAAAGGGAGAUUGUGCUGCAAAUGGCGGAACUAUGGGGCGCAUUCGUUGGCAGUCCUGUUGAGAAACAGAGCCUAAAGUUUUUCUGGCUGGAGGAGUGCCUGGACGGAGAAAACCUCUUUUGCUCCGGCACCUACCGAAAAAUUAUGGAAAAGAUUGUAGCCCCCGUCGUCGACGGUGGCGCCGACAUCAAACUCCAAACCAGAGUCGCCGAGAUCUUCGGCAAGUCCGCCAACACAGGCAGCAACACCGUCAAAGUCAAGACCACCGACAACCAGAUCUACGAAUUCGACGAACUUAUCCUCACCACCCCGCUAGGCUGGCUCAAGCAAAACCUCCAAGUCUUCCACCCGCCUCUCCCUCCCCGCUUAACCACCGCCAUCCAAAGCAUCGGCUACGGCUGUCUCGAAAAAGUCUACAUUUCAUUCCCAAAGGCCUUCUGGCUCGAACCCGACGCCCCCUCCAAAAACAACAACGACAACCGCACAGUUAAAGGUUUCUGCCAAUGGCUCUCCCCCUCGUACGCCUCCUCCACCAACCCAUCCCGCUGGACCAACGAGAUCGUCGAGCUCGGCUCCAUCGACCCGUCCGUCGCCCAUCCGACUCUGCUGUUCUACAUCUACGGCGCUGAGUCCGAGUACGUCACCUCCAAGGUCCGCUCUCUUUCCUCCGGGGCCGAUAAGAACGACUCCCAAGAAGCGGAAUCCUUCCUUUACGAGUUCUUCAAACCCUACUACUCCCUCCUACCCUCCUACAACCCGUCCGACCCCGACUGUCAACCAUCAGGUUAUUUGGCCACCGACUGGUUGCACGACGACCUAGCGGGUAACGGAAGCUAUUGCAAUUUCCAGGUCGGGCUAAAGGAAGGGGAUAAGGAUAUUUUGGCCAUGAGACAUGGUGUUCCUGAGGAGGGGAUCUGGAUGGCGGGAGAACAUACGGCGACGUUUGUGGCGCUGGGGACAGUGACGGGGGCGUAUUGGAGUGGUGAGGAUGUAGCGAGACGGGUGGCGGAGGGGUUUGGAAGGGGUGUUUCUGGAUCUAGGGAAGCGGCCGUGUAA